GCUAUCGGGGAGCUGAUUGGUCAUGUCUGAAACUGGUCCGUCCAAUAUUAUCUUCCCCAGUGUAAGUGCGUGAUAAGUAAAGUGCAACGGGCGAAAUUGUAACAAAAAAAGUGAAGAGGUAAGCUGCGAAAGCCUCGCCGUACGCGAAUAGUAUGACUUUUGUUGAGAAGAGUUAAGUAAUAGCCUUGCCAUGGGAACAGAGGAGGGCCGUAAAGCUGAUUCGGCGAAGAGUUUCUAUCCGAGUGAAGAGGAAAUUGAGAGGUGGAUGGCCAGCGCCUUUGACAUGGCCAAAGACGCUCUGGAGAACGGAGAGGUGCCGGUCGGAUGUCUGAUGGUCUACGACGACCAAGUCGUGGGCAAGGGGCGGAACGAAGUCAACGAGACCAAAAAUGCUACUCGCCACGCUGAGAUGGUGGCCCUGGAUCAGCUCCGGGACUGGUGUCGCCACGGCAACCUGGAUGCGAGCAGCGUGUGCGAGCGAACGGCCCUGUACGUCACCGUGGAGCCAUGCAUCAUGUGUGCUGCAGCCCUGCGCCUGCUCAACAUCCCGGUGGUGGUGUACGGCUGCAGGAACGAGCGGUUUGGAGGCUGCGGCUCCGUUCUGGACGUUUCCUCUGCAGACUUACCUCAGACCGGGACCACGUUCAAGUGUGUUUCAGGUCACAGAGCAGAAGAAGCUGUCGAGAUGCUGAAGACGUUCUACAAACAGGAGAAUCCAAACGCCCCGAAACCUAAAACGAGGAAGGACUGACUUUCCUCUGAGUUUCCCGGGGGGAAAAACUCAGUUGAAUAUUAGUUUUUUUAUAUUGCUUGUAUUUACCUGACUACUACAACCUUUUGGUUAUUUUUGUAAUGGAAUAAAUGACAUUGGAAAUAA